UUAAAUUGCAUUUAAUUCUGUACACAGCACAAGUGGUUCAAUACGCAGUUAUUGUAGAUUUUAUUGAAAAGUAAUCGUGAAUUAAAAAUAAGUUUCAAAUCGAUUCUUUAUAAUGUUCUCCGUUCCAUUACGUUCAUUUCGACCGUUGAACCUUAAAUGUAUUUAUAGAACGACGGUUGCUCGAACUGCAACAUCUUUGGUACCUGGUGAACCAAGUGGGCCGUCCUUAAAAACGUCUAUCCCUGGUCCAGUUUCUGCAAAGUUAUUCAAACAACUGAAUCACUUACAGCAAGCAGAGUCGGUCCAGUUUUUCGCCGACUAUGAUAAAUCUUUGGGGAAUUACAUUGUAGACGUGGACAGUAAUGUUCUUUUGGAUUGUUAUUCGCAAAUAUCAUCACUGCCCUUAGGUUACAACCAUCCAAAUUUGUUGAAUGUGUUCAACGACGCACAUAAUUUGAAAUCGCUGAUAAAUAGGCCCGCUUUAGGAGUAUUUCCUGGCGCCGACUGGCCACAUAAGUUACAGAGUGUGCUGAUGAGCGUGUCGCCCGGAUUACCCAUGGUAGCGACGAUGAUGUGCGGUUCGUGUUCGAAUGAAAACGCUUACAAAGCUCUUUGUAUAAGCUACAUGAGGAAAGAAAGGGGAGGAAAAGACUUUUCAAAGCAAGAGCUCGAGUCCUGCAUGAUGAACCUUCCACCAGGUUCUCCGUCGGUCUCGUUGCUUUCAUUCCACGGCGCAUUUCACGGUCGCACCUUCGGUGCGCUCUCAACAACUCACUCAAAAGCUAUUCACAAAAUCGACGUUCCGGCUUUUGAGUGGCCCAUUGCCCACUUUCCCAAAUAUCGUUAUCCUCUCGAUGAGCACGCGUCAGAAAAUAAACAAGAAGAUCAAAAGUGUUUGGAAGAGGUUGAAGACCUGAUAGUGAGCUACAAAGCGAAAGGGAAGCCAGUUGCAGGAGUUGUGGUUGAGCCAAUUCAAUCCGAAGGUGGAGAUAAUGAGGCUUCUCCUGAAUUCUUUCAGCAACUUCAAAGGAUAGCAAAACGGCACGGCGCCGGUUUCCUGAUAGACGAAGUCCAAACGGGUGGCGGUCCCACGGGGAAAAUGUGGUGUCACGAACACUUCAAUCUUGAUUCGCCCCCCGACAUCGUCACCUUCAGCAAGAAAAUGCAAAUCGGAGGAUUUUAUCACAACGAGAACAUGAAGUCCAGUGAACCGUACAGGAUAUUCAAUACAUGGAUGGGAGAUCCCGGAAAACUGUUAAUUCUAGAGGAAGCUUUGAACGUGAUCAAAAAACAACAUUUACUGGAUGUUGUGCAGAAAAGCGGUAAGGUACUAAAGUCAGGUAUCGCACAGUUGGAAAAGGAAUAUCCAAAUUUAAUCAACUCGACGCGCGGUCGGGGAACAUUCUUGGCUUUUAAUGCGGAUACUCCAAAGCUGAGAGAUGAAAUUGUCUCAAAGUUGAAACAGAAAGGAAUACAAACCGGCGGUUGUGGAGACCACUCGGUUCGGGUAAGAACUGCACUCAUUUUCCAAGAACAUCACGCUGCUAUAUUUUUGGAUAAGCUUAGGGAAGUGUUAAGGGAAGUGUAAUAUUUUUUCAAUUUAAAUAUUUCUAAAUUAAUCGUCUGAUCCUAAGCAAAAAUUUAACAGGUCUUCCAUUAUUGCGGCCUUAAAUAUUUGUUUUGUUAAGUUUUCUUAAGAUGUUGUAGGCGCAAUGGGAUAGAAUUUAUGCAAGUUGUACCGAUUUAUGUGAUACAAGUGAAUUUGGCUCCUAAUAAAGACUUUAUUUAUGGAU